CUCAACCUCGGAGAGCGUAUUUUGACAUGGGGUAUUGUUUCACACCCUCGUUCUGGAUUAUAGAUUUCGAAGGAUAUAGGAAAACAUAUUGAGACUUUUUUAUUGGUUGCAAUAAUGAUCUUGGAUUCCAAACCUCGUUCCUCCCGGACUUUAUAGACCUAGGACUUCAUCUGACGUUUUUUAAAGUGCACUCUUAAAUGUCAGCCAAAUCAGACACAGGCUUACUAACACUCCAUCAUGGAUAACAUAACUCUUGAUAACAUAGCUGCGGACAAUGACACGCUGGUGCAGGACAACCAGACCCUUGGCAUGUGGACCGAUUACAGCAUCGAAUACAAAGUGGCCAGCAUCUUCCUAGUGUCUCUGAUCUGCGGGGUGGGCAUCGUGGGGAACGUCAUGGUGAUCAUGGUGGUGCUCACCACCAAACACAUGCGGACCCCGACCAACUGUUACCUGGUGAGCCUGGCCGUGGCGGACCUCAUGGUCCUGACCGCUGCGGGUCUGCCCAACAUCUCAGAGGCCGUUUACGGAGAGUGGGUGUACGGCUACGUGGGGUGCCUGGGCAUUACUUAUUUCCAGUACCUGGGCAUCAAUGCGUCUUCGUGCUCCAUCACGGCGUUCACCGUGGAGCGCUAUAUCGCCAUUUGCCACCCCAUAAAAGCGCAGUUCUUGUGCACUCUUUCCAGGGCGAAAAAGAUCAUCAUAGUAGUGUGGGCUCUAACCUCGGUCUACUGUGUCAUGUGGUUUUUCCUCUCAGACACUAAGGAAUUAGUUUAUGACAACGUCGUUCUCGUCACCUGCGCGUACAAAGUGUCCCGAAAUUACUAUCUGCCGAUUUACUUCACGGACUUCGCGGUCUUUUACGUGCUGCCACUCAUGCUGGCCACCAUCCUGUACGGACUUAUUGCAAAGAUUCUCAUCCUGAAUCCGCUGCCUUCAGACCCCAAGGAAAAAACGAAGAAAUGGAAGAAGGAGCUGCAGGGAGGGAGGAUCAUCACUAGUACAAAUACUUCUAGCAGUACAACAGCUGCGUCCCGUAGACAGGUGACCAAGAUGUUGGCUGUGGUCGUCGUCCUAUUUGCGUUGCUAUGGAUGCCGUACCGGACCCUGGUGGUGGUGAACUCCUUCCUGCACACUGUGUACCAGGACACAAACUUCCUUCUCUUCUGCCGGCUGUGCAUCUACCUGAACAGCGCCAUCAACCCGGUCAUCUACAACGCAAUGUCGCAGAAGUUUAGAGCCGCGUUCAAGAAGCUGUGCCACUGCGGCGCCCGGCGGCCCCCGAAGCCGGCAUCCUGUAGCGUACAGCUGACCUACAGCGUCAUUAAGGAGACGUCCAAUGGGGAGAGCCCUGACCACUUCACCACAGAGAUGGAUGAGAUGGCCAGGCCCACCGAUCACUUCCUGCCCAGGAGCAUAUUACCUGCCAAUCACAAGAUGUCUUAUGAGGAGCCCCACCUGUCAUCGAGUGUUGUAAAGGCCUGACUGAAGAAAAUUAUUAAAAUAAAUAUUAAUAUAUUUUAACCUGUAGAUGACAGCUGCCAUGUUCUCUUGAAGAAACAUGACGUUUAUGCCCACUUUUUACGCUACUUCGAGUUAGAAUUGAAGUACUGUAUAAUAAUAUUGAAGAACUGCUUCCAGCGGCCUUCAGUUCCCAGAGCUUCUCAUUGAAAUAGAGAAUAUUCUAAGCUAAAACCCUGGUACUUAUGUUGAUUAGCCAUCACCAAUUGGGAUGUAUACCAAAAUGUAUUUAAUAUUUUCUUCAAUAAUGCCAAUUAUUUUUAACCCUGCCAUGGCCUCCUUACAGUAGUUAUUAUGAAAAAGCACACAGAAAGAACAAAGAUUAAAGAAAUGUUCCCGAACAAAUCCUAGAGCAGGAGUCACCAACCUUUUUGAACCUGAGAGCUACAUCAUGGGCACAGAGUCAUACGAAGGUAAACUCUUCUGAAAUAACAAAUUUGAUCAGUUUGCCUUUAGUUAUAUAUUAAUAUUAAUGAUUAAUGAUAGUCAUCUAUAUGAAGGCAUGUUAAUUAAUUAAGUCAUGUUAAUGAUUUCUCACAAAAAUUAUCAACAAUGACUUAAAAAAGGUGGGAAAGAGUUGUUCAAGAAUGAGUAGUGCUAUUUUUAGAGCUGGCCUGCGGGCGCCUCAUGUGGUCCUUGCGGGCGCCAUGGUGCCCCCUGUCCUAGAGGUUGCAUUUUGGCCCCAUCAGAUCCCAUUAGUGGGCACAGGAAGCAAAGUAUGACCGCUAAAUUGAUGCCGUUCUUGUUGCUUUUCUGUCCUUUAGGCAUACUGUUUCUUUAUAAGAUGUGAUGGAAAACAGAGACGUUGCCAAAUCAAUAUGUAAUUCUGAAUGUUCUUGGUUGGUGCAUGAAACAAAGAUUUAGUUAACAACAUUUAAAACAAAAAAUGUACAAUUACAUUGAAUGGAAUGAGAGACUCACUCACAUUCACUCAUCUCAAAUAUUAUAUAUAAUUUGUCUUCGGCACGCUCAAAGAAAUAUUUAGCAGAAACCAGAGCACAAACUUUCAGGCUGGUGAGGGAAAAGCCUUUUUAAUAAAGCGGCUCUUACAAUAGCUACCAAAGCGUUGGUUCAACGUUAGGUGUAAUGAACAUGUAAGGGUUAAGUGCAGAGAGUAAAACUUGAGUCUCUAUCUCGAGAAAAGUGAGGUUGUCAAGUCACAUGGAUGGAUUGUAUAUACUGUAUACACUGACACUGUGCCAUAACUGUGAAAUGUUGUUGUACUUCAGUGUAUCGACGUCAUUACAUUUAUAACAUUUAAUAUUUUUAAAUGGGAUUUAUUUAACUGUAGGCUUAUAUAUAUGUAUAUAUACAUAUAGAGAGAAGGAGAGAGAGAGAACCUACAAGGUAGUGAAUCCUUAAUAGGCGUGAUUGUUGCUGAAUGAAAAUAAUCAAUCUGUUAUGAACAUUGUUACUUUAGCCUUUUGUGUGUACUCGGAAAUAGCUUGAAUUGUAUGCAUGGAACUGUAUGUGUGGAAUACAGUUCUCCUCAACCCAGGAGACCCUGGAGACUGUUAUUUUUAAAACAUUAUCUUUAAAAUGUCGUUCUGAUCAAUAUGUUCAUCCUCGGAUUCCAAACAAAUCAUCCAUGGUUAUUAAUCUCUAACGAAAACAAAAGGUUUUGGAAGUCUGUACCUUUGUAAAGUAGCCUAUAUACCUCUCAGUCGUGCACUUUCAUUCACUCCUGUAGUCUAAUCACUUUGAUUUCCAGCAGGAGACAAAAAUGUGCAAUUGCUUUUCAUUUAUGUGGGAAAAAAAACAUGGUUCUUAUUUCAAUCUUGUUCAUUAUGUUCCGCUCCGCUGUGUUGCCAGCAUGACCUCAGAGCUUUGUGUGCUGUGAUCACGUCAAUGGCUCAACAAUCUCACCGGCAGGUCUCUGAAGAGAUUGCUUUUUUUGCGGUGUGACACAGUUCAGUUUUUGUUGUUCUGUUGUGUGUGAGCUUUAUUUUGUAUUCCGUAUGGUAAUUUGUCGAUAAUAAAUUGAAUACAGAUGUUUGUGGUGCCGUGCCAA